UGCCUGCCAUCCAGACCGUGUAGUGGAACACAGAGAGGCGUGUUGACGUGGUAGCAGUGUGUCUGUCUCUUAUCAGUUUUGGUGGAAAUCUCCAGAUAUUUAUGAGGAAAAGUUAACAAAAUAGUGCAAGAAGUCAUGCUGGACUUUGCCAUCUUUGCUGUGACCUUUGUUAUCAUUUUAGUUGGCGCUGUUUUGUAUUUAUAUCCGUCAUCCAGAAGGGCCUCUGGUGUCCCAGGUCUCAAUCCUACAGAUGAGAAGGAUGGGAACCUGCAGGACAUCAUCAACAAAGGCAGUCUGCACGAGUUCCUCAUCAGUCUGCAUCAGGAGUUUGGGUCUGUGGCGUCGUUCUGGUUCGGCAGUCGGCCGGUGGUCAGCCUGGGAUCUGUGAACCAGCUACGGCAACACAUCAACCCCAACCACACCACUGACUCCUUUGAGACGAUGCUGAAGUCGUUGCUAGGUUACCAGUCAGGAAUGGGAGGCGGGGCCGCCGAGACAGUGAUAAGGAAAAAGGUGUACGAGAGUGCCAUCAACAACACGCUGAAGAACAACUUCCCUCUUGUGCUCAAGCUGGUGGAGGAGCUUGUGGGAAAGUGGAAGUCGUUCCCGGAGUCUCAGCACACCCCUCUGUGUGCCCACCUGCUGGGUCUGGCCAUGAAGACCGUCACCCAGCUGGCUCUGGGCGAGAGCUUCGGAGACGACGCUGAGGUCCUUUCCUUCCGCAAGAACCACGACGCGAUCUGGUCAGAAAUUGGGAAAGGCUACUUGGACGGCUCCCUGGAGAAGAGCUCCAGCAGAAAAGGACAUUAUGAGAAGGCUCUGUCAGAGAUGGAGUCCGUGUUGCUGUCAGUGGCGAAGGAGAGAAAAGCCCAGAGGAAGCAGACGGCGUUUGUGGACUCUCUGCUUCAGUCCAGCCUCACAGAACGACAGAUCAUGGAGGACUCUAUGGUUUUCACUUUGUCCGGAUGCGUCAUCACUGCCAACUUGUGUAUCUGGGCGCUGCACUUCCUGUCCACCUCAGAGGAAGUUCAGGACAAACUGUACCAGGAGCUGGACGAGGUUUUGGGUUCGGACCCAGUUUCCUUGGACAAGAUCCCUCAGCUCAGAUACUGCCAGCAGGUCCUCAACGAGACGGUGAGGACUGCCAAGCUGACCCCCGUCGCGGCUCGGCUUCAGGGAGUGGAGGGCAAAGUCGAUCAGCAUGUCAUCCCCAAAGAGACUCUGGUCAUCUACGCGUUGGGAGUGGUCCUGCAAGAUUGUGACACCUGGAGCACCCCAUACAGGUUUGACCCGGAUCGUUUUGAGGAGGAAUCAGCCACGAAGAGCUUCUGUCUGCUUGGAUUCUCAGGGAAUCAAACCUGCCCAGAGCUCAGGUUCGCCUACACUGUCGCUACCGUCCUGCUCAGCACGCUGGUGCGCCAGCUGAAGCUUCACCCGUUGAAGGGACAGGUCAUGGAGGUCCGGUCCGAGCUGGUGUCCAAACCCAAGGACGAAACCUGGAUCACCGUCAGCAGGAGAAGCUAGAACUUAUCUUUU